CUGUGGAUGGAUAGUUAGUUGUGUUUGUGUACUCUUCUUAUAGAAGGAUACUUUGAUUUGUUUUGGGUUCUUCACUUGUUAUUAAAAACAAAUUGUAAACAAAAUUCCACAAUGUCAGUGUGCACCGGAGUGGCAAGCCCUGCAGAGGGGCUGAUAUGUUUUGUGUGCGAUGGCACUGUUGUUGGACGCUACUAUACUUUAGCUUCCUGCAAGACACAGGUGACCAAACAGAAGCUCGUAGAAAAGCUUGGACAUUUAGUUGGAGAACAGUACAUGGUGGUGAUAUCGGAAGAUGACAUAAUCUGCCGCAGCUGCACAACGAUGAUGAACAAUCUAGACAGACUGGAGAAGGAGAUGAGUUCAGUGCGUUCAGUCAUCCUGCGGUUCCUAGAGAAGAAGUAUGGAUUGGAUGAAGGAGAAUUAGCCAACAGCAAGGUGGUUCUGCCCCCUCCACCCGCCCAUCCAGACAUCGUCAAACCUGCAGUUAAAAAGACAGAACCCUCAUUACCAACAUUUCAUGAACGGAAGAAGCAGUCGGCCAAAGCACACAACGAGCAGGAAGCAAAGUCCAACGUAUGGAUGCAGUGUGACAGAUGCAAGUAUACGACACCGUACAGUUCCUUCAUGAUCAAUCACAUCCACAAGCACAGCGAGCCCAAAAAACAGGAGGAGAAACAGAACAACGCUCAGGUGGAAGCGGAGGACAAUGAGAGGUCAGCGACAGUGAAGGCAGCUGAAGAAGUGCCUCCGCCGCUUCCGCUGGAGGCAGAGGCGGAGCAAGCGGCAGUGGCAAAUACAGAGGCAGAGGUGGUGGAGAACAGUCAGGAGGUGGAGGAGGGGAUAGAGCCUGGAGUCGAUGUUGAAGGACCAGACAUGGAUGGGGCUGUUGUUGAGAUGGACAUGGGUGAGGAGAACAUCUGCAUGGUGGACGAGAAUGGCAUCGUUCUGCAGAAGGUACAACAAUCUGAAGACGGGCAGUUCUACGUGGUGGAGGGUGACAUCGACGGAGCCAAACAGAUGUUGUCCGUGGCCGAGGACGGGUCUGUGCAGAUGGUUCAAGUCAUGUGGGACGACAUUGUGGCUGGCGACGAUAACAUGCAAUUUUAGUCUUUGACUUAGUCAACCAAUUAGGUUUAAGAAUUUCUUGAGAAGAUGUUUCCCGAACUGACUGCUUUAAUUGAAGUUUUUCCUGUAGCAUUAAGUAUUGUAAAUAUGUUUUUUGUAUAUACUAUGUGUAUAUUACUUUUCAAAUAAGAAUAUUGUGUAAAUCUAUCAUACGUAUAGAUCGGAUUGAAUAUAAGUCUAUUUUGAUUACAUUUUUUCUUUAUAUGAAA